AUGCUUCCUUUGACAACAUUUAUCCUAGCCAUCGCCUCUUGUACUCUGACCAGAGCAGGUCCUCUAUCAAAACCGGCCAAAUUCAACUGGUCAUCAACCAAGGCCCUAAUCGCCUUCGGUGACUCCUACACUUAUGUCCAAGGAACCCUCGGACACCAAAAUUAUAGUUUCAUAGGAGACCAAUUCAACCUGGCCUACGAUGCCAAAACACUGUUUUCCAACAAAAUAGUUCAAAAUCAAACCGCAACCGCAGAAGGCGGCCCCAACUGGGUCGAAUAUCUCACAAACUGCGGCGUCUACCAAGGCCUGACCUCACCACAAACCUGCAAAAAACAACUCUGGGACUUCGCAUUCGCAGGUGCCGACAUCUCAACCGAGCACACACCCCUUCACCACAACUUCACAGUCUCCUUAGUAGACCAAAUAAACCAAUUCAAACAAUACGGCCACCCAGCCCUCCACAACCUGCCAGGCUUCAAGCAAGACAAAACCCUAAUUGCCAUCUGGAUCGGGAUCAACGAUAUAAACGACAGCGCUAAAUACGCCGUCGACUUCCCUACUUUCUACAAGAGCCUCACGGAUACGCUCUUUGCGUCUGUAGAGACAUUAUACAGACUGGGCUAUAGAAGAUAUCUGUUCAUGAAUUUGCCGCCACUAGACCGCACGCCAGGGAACCAAGCGAAGAGCAAGCCAAGUCCCAGCGCUGCACAGGUCGGAUGGUACAAUGCCGCGUUGGCGGAUCAAGCGGCUGCGUUUGGGGAAAAGCAUAAGGAGGCGCAGGUUAUGCUUUUUGAUGCACAUGUCAGACUGGCAGAUAUGCUUGAUGAGCCUCGCAAGUACGGAAUCGUGAAUACGACGGAUUUCUGUGCUGGGUAUGACCAGCCGGAUAUUGCGAUUGAGUAUGAGAAGUAUGGGUGUCCGACGUCGUUGGAGCAGUAUUUCUGGUUUAAUCCGGGCCAUAUGACUAGCCAUGUGCAUGAGAUUUUGGCAUCCCAGGUGGAAAGGUGGUUACAGGGAUAG